AUGUUCUGCAGACUCGCCAUCCUAUCUAUUCUCACACUCUCUACUGCCGUCUACGCCACACGUCCCAGAGCGAAUAACAUCGUUUCUAUCCGAGGCUCGCUACUCCAACGCCCAAGGCACUUUUCCGCGUGGCUUCUGGACAAAGGUCGAAUACAAGGCGAGAAAGAACUACGUACAGUGUGGGUAUUUAUUCACAUCGAGGUUAUGUCGAUUAACACAUCGCCAGUGACCGGAUGCAUCAACCCUACUCUUGUCGACCGGCUCAAUCCAGGUGACGAUGGAGGGCAAUACGAUUCGAGCGGGGGUGACGGUGGACAUGGAAAUCCUGCUGGCUCCGUCUGUCUUGGUUACAACCACUAUGUCGAAAUCGUCGAGCCAGCGGGUAACCGUGCGUGUAUUCGUUGCUGCAACAAUCCCGCGGACUGCCCAACAAACAAAGGUCCGAGAGAGACCCUCCUCACUCUGGUCAACGGCUGA